GAAAUGGCAGACCAUAUGAUGGCCAUGAACCACGGGCGCUUCCCCGACGGCACCAACGGGCUGCACCACCACCCUGCCCACCGCAUGGGCAUGGGGCAGUUCCCGAGCCCCCACCACCACCAGCAGCAGCAGCCCCAGCACGCCUUCAACGCCCUGAUGGGCGAGCACAUACACUACGGCGCCGGGAACCUGAACGCCACGAGCGGCAUCAGGCACGCCAUGGGGCCGGGGACUGUGAACGGAGGCCACCCCCCGCUGGCCCCCGCGGCCAGGUUUAACAACUCCCAGUUCAUGGGGCCCCCCGUGGCCAGCCAGGGAGGCUCCCUGCCGGCCAGCAUGCAGCUGCAGAAGCUCAACAACCAGUAUUUCAACCAUCACCCCUACCCCCACAACCACUACAUGCCGGAUUUGCAUCCUGCUGCAGGCCACCAGAUGAACGGGACAAACCAGCACUUCCGAGAUUGCAACCCCAAGCACAGCGGCGGCAGCAGCACCCCCGGCGGCGCGGGCGGCAGCAGCACCCGCGCAGGCGGCAGCGGCGGCGGCGGCAGCACCAUGCCCGCUUCGGUGGCCCACGUCCCUGCUGCAAUGCUGCCGCCCAAUGUCAUAGACACUGAUUUCAUCGACGAGGAAGUGCUCAUGUCCUUAGUGAUAGAAAUGGGUUUGGACCGCAUCAAGGAGCUGCCCGAACUCUGGCUGGGCCAAAACGAGUUUGAUUUCAUGACGGACUUCGUGUGCAAACAGCAGCCCAGCAGAGUAAGCUGUUGA